CAUUCACAAUUUCCAUUCAUCAAUGGCGGAGCUGCAACGCUAAUCUCCAGAUAUUAUCAUCACACAUUUUCCAAUCAUCACACCCUAUUCAUCAAUCAGAUUCUGCACGAUUUACUUCCUUUCCCCCUAUCAUCAAUCAAUUGCCUUACGUUUCUUUCUAAUUCAGUUAGGUUUUUUCAUUUAAGGUUCCGAUUUAGGGUUUAUAUGAAAUUUUGGUGAUGAAAGUGAAGAUUAUUGCGAUAAGUGUUGAGGAGAUAGGGUUUAUUGAUGGAAUUAACAUCUAAUUCGAAGGUGUCGAGUGUCGGUAAUGGUGGUGUCGGUUGUAUUGAACAUACUGUUACAAAGUUUGAUACGCUAGCUGGUGUCGCAAUCAAAUAUGGCGUUGAGGUUGCUGACAUUAAGAAGAUGAAUGGCCUAACAACCGAUUUACAAAUGUUUGCGCUCAAGUCGCUUAAGAUACCAUUACCAGGCAGGCAUCCGCCAUCUUCCGUAAUCUCAAAUGGAUAUCAUACUCAAGGACAAACUAGCGCGGAGGUGACCUCCAGCCGUAGAUAUUCAGAUUCAUUUAGUCCAAUUAGAUCAUUGAGAUUAUCAUCUUCACCCCAAAGGAACAUCUCAUCAUCAAUCAGUUCUUUAAGAGAAUAUUACGGUCUUCCACCAAUCAAUCAGAAAGGUGUCACUAAAAGUUUUGAAAUGACUCAAACCAACACACCCCUCGGUCUUCACAGGAAGUCAAAAAGUGAAAAUAACGGCUUUUCCAAGAUUUGUAAAACGGGUAACGUUCCUGUUCCAAACGAUAAGGGAGCUGGUUCCGAUAAAAGCAUUGAAAAGCUAGUAAGAAGGCGUAAAUCAGAGGUUGACCUUAACAACCGCUCCCCAGAAGACUUAGCAGUAUUGCAGUCGAAAAUAGCUAAUCAUACAACUACUGAACCCGAAUCAGGUGCCCCCAACAUGGUUCCGUUAGGAUCCAGAGAGUCAUCAAUGGGUCAAGUUUUCAGUGGGGUGAGGAAGUCUUCAAGUGCACCGACUUUUCUACAGUCAGAGAUUAAUAAUAAUAACUGUUAUAACAAUAGCCCGGCUUCAUCUUCAAUUUGGCCAAUGUCUAUACUGAAUUUCACCGCUGAUCUUCAAGCCAUGUCCAUAGCGGCCAUAACAAGUCCACUUUUUGAUGGAUUGUCAAAGCCACCGAGUGGGAGGAAGAGCAAGGCGGCUCGUGAUUAGUAAACGAUUUACUUUUUUCGUGUCUAUUUAAACGAUAAAGAGUCAAAUUGGUGUCAUUGUGAGAAAAUAGAAACAAUUGGUGCCAUUUUGAGAAAACAGAAAGAAUUGGUACAGUUAUUGUCCAGGGAUACACACUUUAGAUAGCAGUUGGAAGAGAAUGUUGAGUAUGCUGUGCUGAAUGAAAAAUUGUGUAAUUUUCCUUUUUAUUUGGUAUACACCAAGAAUUAUAAAUAA